AACCUAUGUAAACAUGAUACCUGACCCACAUUCUUUCAUGUUGACAAGCUCAAGGUGAUCUGAUCGUGUGACCUAAUUUCUGAUUGGUUGAAAUUUCUGGUGUGAGAUUGACAUGAUGCAGUGAAUGGGAAGUAGCAUAUAUACCUUAGUAGCAAUAACGAAACAGAUUGAAAGAAGGAUAGCUAAAGGCAACCAUGUCUACCUCUGCUGCCAGUCUCUUGACCAGAGGCUGUGUGCUGUUUGUGGUGGGUGUUAUCUUUGCUUUGGUGCUGAACUUUCUACAAGUCCAGAGACGAAUCACAGCAUUCCGCGAGGAGUACCUGCUCCUGUCGUCAGCGUGGUGGGUGCCACCUAGUUGUGGCACAGCAGCAGCCAUCAUAGGUCUCCUGUAUCCCUGCCUGGACAAACGUCUGGGAGAGUCCCACAAAUACAGACAGGAAUGGUCCAGUGUGAUGAGGUGUAUAGCAGUAUUUGUAGGAAUAAACCACGCCAGUGCUAAAAUAGACUUUGCCAAUAACUUCCAGUUGUCUCUUACACUGGCAGCUCUCUCUAUAGGCUUGUGGUGGCUAUUUGACAGGUCUAGGAGUGGCUUUGGCCUUGGCAUCGCAAUAGCCGUCCUGGCGACAUUUGUGACGCAGUUACUGGUGUAUCACGGUGUUUUUAGGUAUACAGAACCAGAUUUCCUCUAUGUUAGAUCAUGGCUACCGAGCAUAUUUUUCUCAGGGGGAGUCACUAUGGGGAACAUAGGCAGACAGCUGGCUAUUGAUGAUGUUGUCGAUGAUGAAAAAGAGCACCAAGAGUGAGCUUGAAUUUUAAAGAUGGCUGGCAGACUAAUUUUUCGAAUGUGCAUCAUGACGUGUUUCAAAUGUGCUAAGUAAAAUUGGGACAAGUGUGAUAGAAGUCUGAUGACUCGUGGACCGAAAAACGGCUCAUGGGCCGAAAACAAGAAGUGAAAGGAGAACUCCAUGUGGUCCUUCGUGACGUUGACAUUGUAAAUGUGGGUCAGGGUCAAACUUCAAGGUUAAAACCUGCCCUGUUACAAGACUGUGUAUAUCCAUUGUGUCUACAGGAUUUAUUUCCGCUGAAACCCAGGGAAAAACAGCCCAACAUUGUUAUAAAGAAUGGAGUUAUUUUAUUUUUAUUGUUUUGUUCUCCAAGUCUUUAGUGUUGAACACAUAGGCAGCUCUAGAAUGUUAACCACUGUGCAUGUUGUGAUUUGUGAUCUCCUGUCAGUAGUCUGAACUACUGAGUUUGGGCAAGAGAUGACAAGAAGGUACCAAAGAUUUCAGAUCCACUUAGGAAAAAAAGCUGAAAUGUUGAGGACAGUCUUAUUGCAGGGAACUGCAUGCAAAAUGAAGCAUCAAGUUUUUUAACUCUGCGGAAAGCUUGCAUCAAAAAAGCAUCAAAUAAGAUUAAGUUGGGGUAGCAGGAAUUUUGAUUCGAUGCGUCUGUCCUAAAUGCCGUAUGAAAGAAAGUACCUAUUUAUUACACAUUGUAUUAAGUAGAUGGGUAAAGGGAAUUUUUUCCCCGUUUCUGAUACUGCAGUGAAUGUUGCUGCUGUGCUGCUUUGAGCAUUCACGUCCUAGAAAAAAAACUUUUAAGAAGUAUUAUGGAUGCGAGUGAGAGGUAAAUGAGAAGUAUAAAUUGGUGUCAACAAUUUGGGUGGUGCUUCUAAACAUAUUUGUAAUAUAUUCUAUGUGAUGAAAGUCACUCUGAACCAUGCAUUUUCAUCUCAUUGUAAAUAUUCUCACCACCAUUCAGUUUAUUUUCAUUCAUUUGUUGUUGAUAUAUCUUAAAGGGAAAAAGUUAAGUAGACUUAGAAGAAGUUCAUGAUUAAUAAUCAAAAGAGGAAUUAUGCUCUCUUAAAUUUCCUUUACUCUGAUUGAACCUUGUUAUACCAAAGAAUUUGAUUACAUUACAGAGAUUACACAAUGGUGUAGAAACUUUAUUCUGAUUGUUGCUUGAUCUUUGAUAUUAAUUUAAUUUUUUUCACGUUUGGUUUUGAUACUCGUAGCAUUGGCUUUUGGGUAGCACAACAGCAGUGUUUUAAGUUGAGAAACUGUAUUACUGAUAAGAUAUGUUGAAUUAUUUUUAGAUUUUAUGAAACAGGAUUUAAAUUCAACCUUAUUGGUUUCGUAGUAUAAGGUUUCCAAGUGUUCACUGUGGAAAAAAGAAAGAAUUACUUUGAGGCCUAACUGUAAUACAGGUGUCUUGCUGCCUAACUUACAAUGCACAAUACUGCCUAACUGUGGUAUUAACUUUGGUGCUGUGUAACCUACUCGGUGUUGGGAGAAUCCAUUUUGUGAUUAAGGCAGAGAUUUUUUAUUUUAUUUAUUUAUUUUUCAAACCAGGGGUUGGUGCAACUGAUAUGUACAAAUGUAUUAUAACAGACAUAA